UACACGAGUCUUGCGAAAUGUCAGAAAAUUAACAACUAACCUCGCCUCAUUAUCGGUGUUUAUUUGGCACCUAAAGUACCCACUUUUACCAAUAAUUUUGUUUAAAUAAAUCGCCAGAGGAUGGUUUCUAGCGGUGGCGGUUUGUCGUCGUUAAAAUGGCAAAUUGCGCUUGGCUUAGGUGCUGCAGGAGCAGUAGGGAUCGCUUAUUGGUACCUAAGGUCUAGCAAAACGCAGUCCUUACAAUCCUUGGAAAAAUCACCGAUUGAACAAGAAGAAACGCCGUUCCAAAGGGCACAAAGGUACAAAACUGAAGGUAAUGAACUGUUCAAGCGUGGCAAGUAUGAUGAAGCCAUCGCGUCAUACAACAAAGCCAUCGAAAUCAUUCCCGAAGAGUACAAGACAGAUUUGUCUAUGUACUACCAGAAUAGAGCGGCAGCUUAUGAGCAGCUUAAGAAGUGGAGUGCUGUUAUCGCGGAUUGUGGGAAAGCCAUAGAUUUAAAUCAGAAAUAUGAAAAAGCUCUAUAUAGGCGAGCAAAAGCCCUUGAAAUGACAAAAGACUGGGAAAACGCCUUAGACGACGUCACAGCCCUGUGCUUAAUACAAAAUUUUGGCAACCAAAAUGUUUUAAUGAUGGCAGAUAGAGUACUUAAAGAGCUAGGCAGGAAAAACGCCUCGGAGGCAGUAAGAACCCGAAAACACAUUAUUCCUUCUAAAAACUUUAUUAAGACAUAUUUUGCGUCAUUUUCUGAAGAUCCUGUGUAUAAAAAGAUCAUGGAAACUACAGACCCUUUAGGGCAAGGAGAGUUAAAAGGAUUCCUAAAAGCAAAGCUGGCUUUUGCCACAGAAAAAUACGAAGAGAUCAUACCGGCCUGCACUGAGGAACUAAAUCUCAGCGAGUCCGAAUCCAAUUUUAAGGCCGAAGCACGUUCGCUACGGGCCUCCUUUUACUUCCUCACCGGACAGUUUAAAGAGGCUGUUGAAGACUUAACUAACAAUAUCGAGUCAGAUUCGGCCGAUCUUAAAAUAAAGGUAAAUGCCCUUAUUAAGAGAUCGUCCAUUUAUAUGCAGACAGAAAAAUUGGACGAAUGUUUAAACGAUUUUGAUAAAGCUGAAAUUUUGGGACCUGAUAACUCAGACGUCUUCCAUCAUAGAGGUCAGGUUCUAUUACUGAUGGAAAAAACAGAAGAAGCCCGUGCCGAUUUCCAAAAAGCUGUCAAACUAAACCCCAAUUUCCCUAUCGCGGUCGUACAGAAGUGCUACACCGACUACAGACAUGCGAUGCAAUCGCAAGACAUCGGAGUUUUAAUGAAAAGUUUGCAAGAUUUCAGAGAGGCCAUUUUGAAGUUCCCCAAUUGCCCAGAGACUUAUAUCUUAUUUGCGCAAGUACAAACGGAAAGACAAGAAUUUCAAGAGGCAGAAGAAUUGUAUCAGAAAGCGAUGAAAGUGGAUGAGAAUAACGCGAGUGUGUACGUUCACAGAGGCCUGUUAAUGCUCCAGUGGAAGGGUGACAUUGAAAAUGCCGUUCGGUUAAUGAGGCAAGCCAUUAGCAUUGAUGAAAAAUGCGAGUUUGCGUAUGAAACGUUAGGAACCGUGGAAGUACAAAGGGGUAACCUAGUGAUAGCGAUUGAGCUCUUUAACAAAGCGAUCGGGUUAGCGAGAUCAGAAAUGGAGAUGAUCCACUUAUUCUCGUUGAGGGACGCGGCUGCGUCACAACUAAAGGUUGCCACGAAAUUGGGCAUCGGCCUGCAACUUAUGAAAGGGUUGUAGCCGUUUUAAUCAAAUAAAAUGAGCAUCUUAGUUGUAAAUUUCUGUUAAUAUAUUCUUUUAUACAUGUUA